UGUGUUUUCAUAUUCGCACAUACAGUGGAAACGUGAAUACGUGACAAUCGAUAGCAGUUUACACGGAAGAAUGAGUCCUUCCAUACAAAAUGGGGAAAUUCAGAAGGUAUACAUAUGCCCAUCGCUCCCCAAAAUGACGUGCAGUUGGGAGGGACAAGCGGUUGACAUUCUAAAACAUGUGCAAAAUUCGCAUAGAAGUAUGCUGUUAGAUUCUCAAGCGUUCUUAGUGAACAUUUUGUGCAACGGCGAAGAAAAUAGGAUACUUCCAUCCGACAAAGGAUUAUUCCUUAUACAAAUCAAAACUGUGCUAGAAAAAAUGAAACUGCAAAUACAAUUGCGCUUUUUAGCCUACCGAAAUGCCAAUCCCGAUCAAAUUCGCUACAGUUUGGAAGUCAGCUGUGGAGUUUUUGGUUUCACUAAUGAAACUUGCGAUAUGGAAUACAACCCGGUCUCCAAUUCGAAAAAUGGGAUCGAAAUUGACCUCGGAGCGAUUCAACUAAUAGUUGGGCAUGGCAUUUCAACGUUAUUAUUAAAAGUGAAUGUUUACGAAAAUAUUAAACAGCUAAUUAAGCUAACUUCUAGAAGCGAAUCAGUUAGACUGUCUUGCAAAUCGGAGAACGAGAAUGAAUCCUGUAGCGACUAUCCGUCCAGUCAGGCUUACUACGACUGUGAAAAUUCACAGGAUGAAAUUGACGACGCUCAAACUUCACUAACGCAGGAAACGUACAGCAUAAAUUCCUUUGAGUUAGAGGAUAUCGAUAGGGUUUGUGAAAACGAAUACAGUGUUAAUAUGAUGCAAUGUGCCAACUGCCAGUGCACCAUGGUUCCACCAAUCCACAUCUGCCCGAAUGGCCACAACGUUUGUUAUAAUUGUCGGAAUGGCAUUUGCAACAUUUGCCACAAGGAUAUAACGGAAGUGAGAAAUAUGGGCUUAGAAGACUAUAGCAAAACUUUAAAGCAUCCAUGCCGUUAUGAACCGCAAGGGUGUGCCGAAGUGUGUAACUACAAGGAAAUUCGCAAACAUGAAUUGCAGUGUUGCUACUGUAUGUAUAAAUGCGAACUUUGUAUUUUCGAGGGAAAAUUGCACGACAUCGGAACUCACUUUAGAAUAGUACAUCCUUCCACUAAAAUAUACGACACGAUGUCCGGAGUAUACUUUCGCAAGGGUUCCAAUUUUAUUAUUCUCAAUAACCUCGGGGUGUUCUACUGUACAACGUCCGCAACUGAUUUUUACAUUGAAUGGAAGGUAGUGUAUUGCGGCCCUAAAGAGAGAUUUUUCAGCUGUGAAGUGAAAAUAACGGGGAAAAAAUCUAAUCAGCUGUUGAAACAUUAUUUUCUUAAAAGGGACGAUAACGUGUAUAAGUGGAGAGUUACAUGGGACGAGUUAAAAAGUUACCAUGCCAAGGAAAAGUACGCCACUUUAAAUAUAUCAAGUUAUUGAACUUUAAAUUUCAUUUUCUACCAACUUCCUCAAUUUUAGAACGUUAUACAAACACGUUUAAGACUACAUUACAAAGAAGACCUAUAAAAGACAAACAAUUUUUAUACUACUUUAAGCAUCAGGUGUCAAUUUGCUUAGUUAGCGAAUAAAGAGGUAAAGAAGUACAGUUAAUAAAAUAUGUAACCGCAGAUAUCCAAUUUUCGGUUAUUAGUUGGAUCGGAUAACAAUAGAAAUUAUAAAAAUAUUGCAGUGCCUUAUUGACGUCAUCAAAUGAGAGACCCCGGAAACUGAUUUUAAGCAUAUCCACUUAAUUUAUAAACUUUAUUAAAAUCAAUAUACUCGUAUAAAUACGUGGUGAUGUACACUAAUACAUGAUGUCAAUAUGCCAUUAAAAUGCAAUUGCAAUUAAAAUUUGUGGUAAAAAAUGUAGUGGUACCUAGUGAAGUUUUGUUGACAUGAAUCUGUAAAGAGAUAGGUACCCUCACACCUACUUACUUGUAUUCUCCCAUCCUCCAGUAUGGGGGGGAGAGGAGGGGGAGUUGAUAGUUUUUUUCCAGGCGGUACUUCCAUAUCAAAGUUUGAACAGUGGCUCGCUUCAUAAGUAUGGAACUUUCCGUUAG